UAUUCUGUUACAUUGUAGCAAAAUGGCGACUGUCAUUCACAACCCCCUGAAAGCGCUUGGGGACCAGUUCUACAAGGAAGCCAUUGAGCACUGCCGGAGUUAUAACUCACGGCUGUGCGCAGAGCGCAGUGUGCGCCUUCCCUUCUUGGACUCUCAGACAGGGGUUGCCCAGAACAACUGCUACAUCUGGAUGGAGAAGAGGCACCGAGGCCCAGGACUUGCUCCAGGCCAGCUGUACACAUACCCAGCCCGCUGCUGGCGCAAGAAGAGACGAUUGCAUCCGCCUGAGGAUCCAAAGCUGCGGCUGCUAGAAAUAAAACCUGAAGUGGAGCUGCCUCUGAAGAAGGAUGGGUUCACCUCGGAAAGUACCACCCUGGAAGCCUUGCUCCGUGGCGAGGGGGUGGAGAAGAAGGUGGAUGCCAGAGAGGAGGAAAGCAUCCAGGAAGUACAGAGGGUUUUGGAAAAUGAGGAAAAUGUAGAAGAAGGAAAUGAAGAAGAAGAUUUAGAAGAGGAUAUUCCCAAGCGAAAAAAUAGGACUAGAGGACGGGCUCGAGGCUCUGCGGGUGGCAGAAGGAGGCACGACGCUGCCUCUCAGGAAGACCACGACAAACCUUACGUCUGUGACAUCUGCGGCAAGCGCUACAAGAACCGGCCAGGACUCAGUUACCACUACGCUCACACUCACCUGGCCAGCGAGGAGGGGGAUGAAGCCCAAGAUCAGGAGACACGGUCCCCACCUAACCACAGAAAUGAAAACCACAGACCCCAGAAAGGACCAGAUGGGACAGUCAUUCCCAAUAACUACUGUGACUUCUGCUUGGGGGGCUCUAACAUGAACAAGAAGAGUGGGAGGCCUGAAGAGCUGGUGUCCUGUGCAGACUGUGGACGCUCUGGUCACCCAACCUGCCUGCAGUUCACCCUGAACAUGACUGAGGCUGUGAAGACCUACAAGUGGCAGUGCAUAGAGUGCAAAUCCUGCAUCCUCUGUGGGACCUCAGAGAAUGAUGACCAGCUGCUCUUCUGCGAUGACUGUGACCGUGGCUACCACAUGUACUGUCUAAAUCCCCCAGUGGCUGAGCCCCCAGAAGGAAGCUGGAGCUGCCACUUAUGCUGGGAACUGCUCAAAGAGAAAGCCUCAGCCUUUGGCUGCCAGGCCUAGG